CACCGAUCAGAGUAAAUAAACUAUGACAUCGGUGCUGUCAUGUGAUCAGCUGUGUCCAAUCACAGCUGAUCACAUCAGUGUAGCCCCAUCAAUGCCACAUACCAGUGCCCAUCAGUGCACAUCAAUGCCACAUAUCAGUGCCUAUCAGUGCACAUCAAUGACAUAUCAGUGACCAUCAGAGCUGCCGUUCAGUGCCAACUAUCAGUGCCAGUCAGUGCCGCCUAUCAGUGCCUGUCAGUGCUUCCUAACAGUUCCAAUCAGAGCCUCCUAACAGUUCCAAUCUGUGCCGCCUAUCAG